AUGGCUCAGCAGGAACAGCUUGAUCCCGCCACAGAAUUACCAGUGCGAGCUCACGCAGACACCCUUUGGGAAGUCGAGGUCAAGACAGCCGAACCUAUUCGCAAUACACAAGAAACUCCCUUGAAUAAAGCGAUCGAAGCUGUCCUGCAAGUACAAUUGUUGAUGAAAGGCUUGUUGGACCUAAUUAUUUGCACAUAG